UCAAACAAAAGAGGGAAAAUAAAAACAAACCCAAUCAUUAAAAUCGUUCACUCUUCCUCUUUCUCUCGCAAACCCUAUAAUCUCACCAUUACAAAAUCAACCCCACUUCCGGCCACCCGACAACCAACAGCUGCUGCAACCGCCGGCGACCUCCCCUGCCGCCACCGAUACAUAUAAAGCAAUUUCGUUGAUAGAUUGGUUCACUCCUUAUUUAAAAAAUGGGAGGUGUACGGUUGGAACUACGAUGUCCUCAACGUGUUGGCAAUAUUGUAGUUGAUCCACAGAUUGACUGGAGUUUUGAUGACCUCCUAUCGGAGCUUAAUACCAUAGAUAGCAAACUUCAAGCAUCCUCCUUGGUCGCUUCACAUUUAACCAAGGCACAUUCAAGCAAGAUUUAUGAUUUUGGUUAUGCUGAAAAAACCCGGAAAGCCUUUAUUAUGCAUGUAUCGGAUGAUGAAAGUGAUGACGAUGAUGUUGAGACUAAUAGCAGACAUGUGGUCACGGGUAAUCGUUUUGCUUUCGAGGAAAUCUAUUUGAGUGAUGGUGUAGAUUCUGAUAGAGAGCCAACUAGAGGGGCCGAAUGGUCUUUGAUGGAUAAAGGGGGAGUUGUUGAAGGUGCAUUAAUUGAGCUAAGUCAUGAACACCAACUUAGUGUUGCGGAAGAGAUAAGAACCACAAUAUCUGCAUUUGGAACUGAUCUUACAAAUGAAAAAGAGAAACUUACCAAUGCUCUUUCCCGGGCUGAAAAAAUCAAGGAGGCACGGCGCGAGUUGGAUAGAAAACGUGAUUUGCAAUAUCAACGCCAAAUUGCAGAAGAACUUGAUAAUCAUUUGACGGAUGUUCAAAGGCACCAUGAAUACAAAUCUCAGAUUGAAGAAAAAAAGAUAAGAGACGAUGCUGCAAUUGAAGAGGCCAAGAGAAAGCAACUAGCUGUUCAGGAAGAAAAAAUCCGUCAAGAAAAACUGAAAGCUGAAGAGGCAAAACGUCAAGCUGAAAAAAAGAAAGAUGAAGAAGUAAAACGUGCAGCGCUGGAAGCUGAAAGAGCAGCAAAAGAAGCAGCUGAUGCGGUGCUUGCAGAAAGUGAAAAAAAGGCGGCUGAUGUGGCUGCUUCCCAAGCAAACGUAGUCAAGGGUGCCGAGAGUGCUUUAAAACUGGAGGAAAGAAGGUUACAAAUGUACAAUGAAGUGGUAGGAGAAAAUUUUACAUCGGAAAUGGAUUCUAAUAAUGAAUAUCGUAAGCAAGCUUCCAAAAUGGCUAGAUUUAUCAAAACCAUAACAGGGACAAAAGAGAACGUGAGAGUAAAAGCAGAUGAACUAAGGAAACUCAUGAAUUCAACAUGUCCACAAUCAGCCAAUAGCGGAAUUUUCGCACAUAAAAUUGUUUCUUUAUGCACAUGUGCAAAUAAUGAUGCUGUCCUGUAUGCUUAUGGACAUGUAAUUGUUAUGGUUACUUCCCAGGUUCCCAUUGCCUUGGAAAUUCUUAUUGCCAAAUUAAACAAAGAAUGCAUCUUCACAGUUCCAAAGUAUCUAGCUUACUCAGAGAAAGUGUUUGAAUCAAGAGAUGCUCACUUGAGAGCUAUUGGUUACCAAGAAGAUGAUGGAAAGCUUGAAAAUACUGAUACUUAUCUAGAAAGAUUAACCUCACAUGUGAAACUAUAUGGGGCACUAAUUCAGACUGAAGUUAAUGGUAUUCAAAAUCCGCAUGGAAUUGAAGAGGGUUGGAAAUGGCUUGCACGGUUGUUAAAUGCUCUCCCAGCGAAUUUAUACACCAUAGUUGCUCUUGAAGCUUUCAUACAGGUGGCAGGGUUUGCUUUAUACAAAAGAUACAAAAACCAGUUUAAGAAGCUAUUAAACAUCAUAUCUUGCGACUUCCUUCAAGCACUCAAGGAUAGAGAAGAUCCAAAAAUAAAAAAAGUUUUGAUGAGUUUGGAGACCUACCUUCAAUCUAACCAGUUUUUAGUAGAACCUGUAGGAUGGCGGCUGCAGGAUACUUUAUUAUCACACAAUUUUACCGUCAGUGAAUCCGAUCAUCAUCAGCAGUAUGAGAACCCAUCCCGAGGGUAUCAACAGCAAUACAAUUAUAAUUCACCCAAUCGAUACGUUUACAAGCGUUGACAUAGUCCAAAAUUGAGUUUUUAUGGCGAAAGUUCUUGCUCUUGAUGAAUCGCGAAAUCUCAAACAUUAGGUUUUAAACAUCCUUGCUAUUACCCAUUGGUAAGAGUCAUGAACGUGAGAGUACUUGAUACCAACUUCCAUGGGUCAAGGAGUUCUUAUUUAUCUAUGGUGUAAUAUCUAGGUCAACAUAGGAUACCCAUUUUUAGUGUACAUUUAAAUGUAUAUGUAUGGUUACUUGAGUAAACAUUGAAUCUUCAUUUUUUUCAUUGUCAACCUAUCGUUUGUGCUACAACUCGUCUAAAUGUAUGUUCGGUAUCUUCUUGUCCAACUCUUGUAAUCUUGUAUUCUUUUAGUAUAUGUAGUUAUCGAAUUUUUUUUUUU